AUGAAAACAACGCGUCGCAACGGGCAACUCCCAUCUUGCGAGCCAUGCCGGAAAUCCAAACUCCGUUGCGAUCAUACAACCCCGAUCUGCAACCGCUGUAUCCGCACCGGUCGGGCAGACGAGUGCUUUUACCAUCCUGCACCGCUCACGAAACCCCGCCAAAGCAAUGCAACAGCGAUUCAAAAACCCAAGAAGAAACCUGAACACAACCCAUGUCAGAACCAGAGCCAAAACCAAGACCCGAGCGCAAGUGAUAGCAUCCGCGACUUGUCUGUAUCCUCCACAGUCUCUGCCUCAGCAGCGCAUCAUCCUGCUCCCCUCACAAAACCCCGCGAGACCAAGGCAGCAGCGAUUCGAAAACCCAGGCAGAAACCAAACCGUAGUCCAGGCCAGAGCGCAAGCGUCAGUCUCAGCGCGUGCGUCUCUCCCACCGACAUCCGCGACGUGUCCGUGGCCGUGUCAGUCUCUGCGUCCUCGCCGGCGCAUCCCCUGGCGAUUGGCGAGUUGCAUGCCUGGGAGAAGCGGCCAUCUGCCAAUCCGGGCUUUUUGGGGCUGACCAGCUACUCUGACACCGUCACAGGGUAUGCCGGGGUCUUAGACCAGAUGCGGCCGCGGGACAAUGGGGGUUCGGGGUCGAUCGCGGCGGCCGUUGAUUCGAGGCAGGUGGAGCUGGGGGCGCAGGUGCUGAUGCUCUUGGAUCAUUUGCCGCUGUUUGAAGAGCUUCUGGAGAAGCGGUUCGCUAUCUGGGAUGGGUGGAUCUUUAGCACCCAGAUGUUCCGGUUUAUCAUCAAAGUACUCCGAGAUCUUUAUCGGGAUGCAACGGAGGGUGUCCGGGACAAGUACGCUGGUGUGCUGGAGCUGUCCAGGACUUUCUUCCGCAAUACGGCGACGGAAGUCGAGUUGCAUGCUUCAAUGACGCUGUCAGAGUAUGUGGCUCUGAGUGGCGCUCGGUGGGACAGCUAUGCCCUUCUCCUCUCUUCGAUAGGCUACGCGAUCUAUCACGUUGCUCAUGAUGAUCCCAUCUUCCGGAGCGACAACCUCCCUGGCAAGGAUAGAAGAGGGCUACGGCGGAUUGCGUUGGCAGCGAGCGAUAUUUGUCUACAGUUAUGCGACAAAUUGGGGACGAUCAGCGAUAGUCUUUGCUGCGCCACUCUUCAGUACGUGGUCUUCGUCCACCAUACAUAUGGCGCCGGCGAUUACAGAACCUGGCAGAAACUCGGCGAUCUUACUACGAUCGUCUUUGCUUUUGGCCUUCAUCAGGUGGGGGAUGACAGAAACACUCCUUUUUUCCUAUGCGAGUUGCGGAAGAGGAUUAUGGUCGGAGCAUACGGGUUGGACAAAGACAUAGCGCUGUUCCUCGGUAGGCCGCCCCGAAUAUGCAGACAAUACUGCAAUAUCCAGUCCCCCCUGGACCUGACUUGGGAGGAAUUGACUGCCGCUCCUAGCGUGCGGCAGGCAGCACUAAUGAGGCUGGAUGCGCAAGGCUGGAAUACAGAGGGAAAGCUAGACAGCGGCGCCAGAGGACGAACCAUCUAUCUUGCUUGCUUGAUUCGAGAGGAUAUCCUAGAAUUGUCAAUAGGCCGCGGAGGUGAAAAUGUGGAAGAACAUGCAGAGAGAGUCCUUAAGAGAGCACGCCAAUGGCGCUCUGAACUUCCUGCCUUCCUGCAAUGGGACCCUGAGUCGAACAGUCCGGAUCUGGCGACAUUGCAUGUGGAGUUUCUGCACCAGGACUUUCUAAUCUACUCGACUCUUGUCAAACGAACCGGCAAGGGUCAAGAUGCACUGAUCAAAAUUUCUCUGGAGAUCAUCAGUUGCCUACUCGAGUUGGUGUCGAGGCAGAUGCGAUCCCUCAGGAUUCACAUGUUGACGAUCCUUGAUCUUUGCUACAUCGGUCUUCCUGCUGCAGGUGCCCUAGCGACCGAACUACUCCGACACUCUCAACCAAAACUUGAGCCUGUGAUCUCUUCUGCACCGUUUCCUCGCUCGGAGAUCAUCCAAAAGCUGAGCGUCUUCAUCUCCCACGCAGACACCUUCAUCCAGCAACAUCAGGGGGAUUACGAGAUUGCGUUGCAAGGCCAGAGGCUCAUCAGACAAGUCCUUGAUCGAGUACUAUCGCCAACGACAGAGCAAACAUUUCCUGAUCCUUUGAUCAACGGAAUGACGAUAGGAGACGAUGUGGAUUUUAUGGCCUUGCUGGAGAGCUUUGACUGGGAGCAGGAGAUCCGUCCCACAUUCAGCUGA